AUGUUUGUUGCUCCUGGUUGUCUCCUUAAGUGGUCUGGUUCUGUGAAUGAUAUUGUUGAGAGAACAUCAACCCUAAUCAGUAAUGCCAUUUCAGUGUAUGACAGAGUGGGAUCAUCCGGACCUGCUACUUUUGAGUCAGUUGUCCUACCUAUGUCACUGUUUGAAGCUGAAUACCAAACGAAAAAAAACGCCAUCGACUUCCUUCAACAUAUAUCUCCUUAUAAAGCUAUAAGAGACGCCAGCUGUGAUGCCACUCGUAGACUUUCUGAUAUGGAAGUUGAAUUAGAAAUGCGGAAGGAUGUAUUUGAAAAGUUUGUUUCUGUCCAAAAGAAUAUAGAUUCAUCAUUCUCCGGUGAAUAUCGUCGUUAUGUAGAUAGAAAAGUUCAGCUCGGUCGGAGAAAUGGUCUUCACCUGGAUGACGAUAAAAGAAAACUGAUAGAAGCCUUGAAUAAGGAAGAAAAUCAACUAUGUAUUGAUUUCCAACGUGCUCUAAAUGAAGAGAACACAUUGUUAGAGUUUACAGAUGAGGAAUUGACUGGAUGUCCUGCUGAUUUCAUUGAUGGUUUGAAAAAGCUCCCUUCUGGCAAACGUGAAGUAUCUCUCAAAUAUCCACACUACUUCCCGAUCAUGCAAAAAGCAUCUAAUCCAGAAACAAGGAGAACAUUAGAAACAGCUUUUAAUUCGAGGUGUAUUAAAGAAAAUACACCCAUACUGAAACGUUUAAUGGAACUUCGGAGAGAACGUGCAACACUUCUUGGUUUUCCUACACAUGCAGACUUUAUACUUGAUUUAUACAAGACUAAAACGUCUGAGAAUAUUAGCGAAUUUUUAAAUAAUCUUGGAAAUAAACUCGAAAAAAUUCGACUGAAAGAGUCGACACGUUUACUGGAAUUGAAAAAAGAAGAGUGUGAUCGUUUAGGAUACACGUUUAAUAAUUGCUUAAAUCCAUGGGAUACACGAUAUUACAUGAAUAUGGUUAAAGAACGAGAUUAUUCCGUCGACGAAGUGGCUUUGAAGAAAUAUUUUCCAUUGGCUACUGUAAAAUCGGGUAUAUUGCGAUUGUAUCAACAAUUACUUGGUUUAAAAUUUGAGCGUGUUCCAAAUGCAGAAGUUUGGCACGAAGAGGUAGAAAUGUAUUCAGUGAGUGAUUCUGAAUCCAAUAGUUUGUUAGGUUAUUUCUAUCUUGACCUGCAUCCACGUGAAGGUAAAUAUGGACAUGCAGCUGUAUUCGGUUUACAACCAGGAUGCCGUAGAUCAAUGGACUCCAAUAAUACUACGGUGAAUGAACGUGGUCAUUCCCCAUCAUCAUUAGCCUCUGAACGUCAAUUGGAUAUAGCAGCAUUGGUUACUAAUUUCACUUCACCAGAUAAAAAUACUGGCCAAUGCUUUCUAUUUCAUCAUGAAGUCGUGACUUUCUUCCAUGAAUUUGGUCAUCUGAUGCACCAUGUAUGUUCACAUACUGAAACAGCUUUAUUUAGUGGUACAGCUGUAGAAACAGAUUUUGUCGAGUGUCCAUCACAAAUGCUAGAAAAUUGGGUAUGGAAUGUUGAUGGACUGAAGGCUCUUUUUGAUACAAAUGAUGAUCCGAUUCCAAAAGAUUUAUUAGCUAAUCUAAUUAAUUCACGUAUAGCAAAUGCUGGUCUAUUUUAUUCUCGACAAAUACUUUUAGCCUCAUUCGAUCAAGCCAUUCAUACAACGAACUGGGAAGAUGAUCCACUGAUUACUUUUACGAAUUUAAGUAAAAAAUGUUUGGGUAUUGAACCGAUACCAGAUACUUUUUGGCCUGCAUCAUUUCUUCAUUUAACUUGUGGAUAUGAUGGAUGUUUUUAUAGUUAUUUAUGGAGUAGAGUAUACAGCAUUGAUAUAUUUGAAUCACGUUUUCAAUGUGCUAUGGAUGGUGGUUGCCUUAGUAAAUCAGUUGGAAGAGAUUAUCGUGAAAAAAUUCUUCGUCCUGGUGGUUCUAAAGAUGCUACAGAUAUGUUGAAAGAUUUUCUUGGACGUGAACCAAAUGAUCAUGCUUUCUUCAAAUUAUUAAAAGUUAAUUCGUCAUAA